GUAAAACUCCCGUUUAGCAACUUCUCUAGCUAUUCUGCAUCAAAUUGUCACCAGAUAAAUCAGCGAUGUGAACGACUGGGGAGGGAGUCUUUGUUUCAGAAGUGAUUUCAAAAUGGUGAGAUCUUCACUAGGUUUCAGGUAAAAAGUGUAAUAACCGUGUUAUUUGCUCAGUACUGAAGCAUUUUACAUAACGUUUAUAAACAUUCAAUAACAUUUUAUGAAUUUGUAUUUAAUUUCACAGAUAAUAAUGGAAAGAGUAAAAGCUGUAUUGACUAAAGCUCUAGGAGAAAAGGCUGCAGGCGACUUUAUAAAAGCUUGCAUGGAAGUUGACGAUACGCAAAUUAUCAAGAAACGUGUAUCUACUCUGUUGGACACUCGUAAACCAGAGAAUCGUCAAGUUUAUGAAGUUUUGAUACGAGAAAAAAUACGGAGAAGUGGGUUUACUGGUGAGGGAUAUCGUAAAUCUGAUUCAAAUCCUAACGCCCCAAGUGAUCGAAUCAUAACUCCAGAUGAUAAUUUAACUUCAGCAAAGAAUGAUCCAAACCAACCAUUAACAGCAUCUUCACGUAACGUAGGAAAGAAGAAGCAAAAAACCAAGUUUUAUCCAUUAUUUUGCGAGGGAGCUCAUAGUGAUCAACUUGUCUCCUUAUUACCCGGUCGGCAUCCUUGUCAGUGUUUAGCAACUAAACAUCAACUGGUUAAUAAUUGUGUCAAUUGUGGUCGUAUUGUUUGUGCACAAGAAGGUUCAGGUCCGUGCUAUUAUUGUGGAAGUCUUGUUUGCACACGAGAAGAACAAGAUCUGAUAGCAAUGAAAACUAAACAAAGUGAAAAGUUACGCAAUAAACUUUCGCAAGCAGGAUGGGCUACUAGCACUGAAAUUCCGUAUUAUCGACUCGUACGUCGAGCUCAAAAAUCGUCUCAGCAAGAGUCAGGUAUCUCAGACAUUUCGAAAGAGGUUACUUCAAAUGAUGAACUGGUGAGCACCAGUGAUGAUGAAGAUGUAAUAACAAAACCAGUUCAUGGAGCUCAGAUACGCUUAGAACAAGGCCUGAUAAAUGCUUUAUCUAAUCGUGAUAAACUUUUGGAGUUCGAUGCUACUUGUGCUAAACGAACCAGAGUCAUUGAUGAUGAAUUAGAUUAUUUUGCAACAGAAGGAGGUGCUGGAUCAGCUGCAUGGCUAAGUCCUGAAGUUCGUGAGAGAAUAGCUCAACGUGUUGCUGAGUUAAGAGCUCAAAGACAUGCACAUCGUCUACAAUUUGCACGUAUGUGUAUUGAUCUAAAAAACUGCAGUGUAACCGAGGAGGAUACAAGAGAUGAAGCUGCAGAGAAGCUGUACAACCCAAAUCGAGAAGAAAUAGACGAACUUUGCAAACCUUCGAAUAUGUCACAUAAUAAACGAUCUACAUGUGAUGGUCAGGUAACAAAAGAUUCUGGUGUAAUCGAGGUAACCCCGCCCACUUUUGUCCCCCAAAACAAUAAUGGACGGAAUUACACAACAAGAGGUGAUCAAAACCCUGUGAUUACAGCAUUAAACCAUUCCACAUCAGUUUUCCGAAUACAAGAUGAUGAAUCAAGACAACUAGCCGAUGAAGGUUAUUGCCUGAGUCUCCAUCAACCUUGGGCUUCAUUAUUAGUACGUGGGAUUAAGUUAGAAGAAGGGAGAACAUGGUAUAGUCCUCAUCGUGGUUGUCUAUGGAUAGCAUCAACUGCCCGUAAACCUGAUCCCAAAGAAAUUCAUCAGGUGGAGGAUGAAUAUUUAAAAGCUGGUGCUAACAAGUCAGAUAUGCCGACAUCAUAUCCUACUAGUUGUCUUCUCGGUCGAGUAAAUAUUGUAGAUGUAAUAACACAGGAAGAAUAUCGCGAAAAAUAUCCGAAUGGGCCGUCACAAAGUCCCUACGUAUUUAUCUGUGAUGAUCCACAUGAAACUUUAAUCAAAUUCCCAGUUAGCGGGAAACACAAAAUAUAUAAACUUGAAAAAACACAUACAUACUGCAGCUAA